AUGGUAGCACAAUCUUCUAAAUAUUUAGUUGAAAAGGCUACUAGUGCUACAACUCUUCAAGAGAACCGGGACAAUAUGUGUUCAAAAUUGUUCAUGGCUACACAGGUUAAAAACUUGAAGGAUAUUCAAGACUGGAAAGAGUCUUACCUAAGUAACCUCCUACUUUUGAGACGCUUUGGUAACAACAACUAUAGAAAUCAAUCAAGCUUUAUGUUGCUUGAAAAGGGCAUUACAUUUAUCAAUCUCAAUAGAAGAACUAGAGGCAUUUUGUAUGUUUUAGCGGGACUUAAAAUGUGUGACAACUUGAACUCUCCCUUAUAUUUGUACAAUCUAGCAAACGUUUUCAAAGAAUUAGGUAAUCGUGGCUGGGCAAUUGAAUGCUACGAUAUGUGCGUCAAUCUGAUGACAAAGCUUAAUAUAAAAAAUCCAGAGUUUUUUAAGUUAUGCUUAUCAGAGAAGGACUCCCUUUUAAAAGAGAAAAGAGUAGAAACAGAGGUUAUGAAUGAAAAUAUGUUCUCAAAUUUUGAGCUUUUUGAAUCGAAGAUGAGUGUCAUUGAAUUUCUCUUGAAACAAACGCAAACAGAGUCAGUCGGUCAGUCUCAAUUUGCUUCUUCUUUAGCACGGUCUUGGCAAGAAUACAACAGAGUUAGUACAAUAGUUCUUUCAACAAUAGUUACUAAAAGUUAUGAUGAUUUUGAGCGAUCUUUAAAUCUAGUCUUUUCCUUUCUUUUUAAGUGCCAAUUUUCUCUAUUGCAUAGGAAACUUUUGUCAUACACAUUUAUUGACACAAUAUUGAAUAAAAAUUUGCAAAGGUUUGAAGACCCUCUAUUUGGCGAUAGCUUAACGUGGUCUGAAAUCAUAACUAAAGCAUCUAUAUUCAACAAUACUAGUGAGUAUUUUCAGUACUUAAAAGUCUACCAGGAAUGUAAGUUGAUAAGCCUUUUGAAGAAAGUUUGGAAUGUGGAUGAAUCAAAUAAUACUCUACUUAUGGUUCAUUUAAGGAAACUUACAUCAAAUUCUUUUCGAAUUUUAUGCUUCUCAAUCGGUAAAAAGCCCGCAGGAAUUUCUAGUAGGUUAGACGAGAGAAGAGAGUACAUCUACAAUGCAAAUAAAAAAGAUGCAAAUUCAUUAGCGGCAGUGAGUGUCAAGGUUUUGAUUCUCGCCUUUAAGUACUACUUGACAUGUUGGACAUUGCUUCAACGAGAACAAGAAACCAUUACAUCUUCAGGCAGAGGAAUGGAAAGAAAUCUCAAGAUUCUCUAUAAACCUUUUGUUGCUAUCAUCCCCUUAUUUCAAUCCAUUAGAAUGAACAUGAGUUAUGAGUAUUGCACCUACUAUAUGGAACUAAUAUUGACGUAUCACUCUAAGAACGUUCCCUUGAAUAAAAAAGAUCCCGAAAGUUCCUCCGUGAGCAUUCCUGAUCGGUUUUUGCUAGAGAAAGUGAGCACCGAGUUGGUCAAUGGUUUGUCUACCAAUCCAAUUGAUCACGUACACAAUCCUAUCAUAAUUAAACAGUUGCUUUACUGUAUUUUAUUGGGCGGUGGAUAUCACAUUACGGUAGUUUUGUACUUACUGAAGCUUGAGCAAUUUUUUCGAGAGAAAAGUGACACUUCAUUGAUUUCAUGUAGUGACGGUACCAACCUUUUCUAUCCCAGUUUCAAUUCAACUUACAUGAAGGAACUUUCAAAUCAGUUGGAUAAGGUACUAGAAAAAGUGACCAAGAUAAAAUUCUGUCUUGACUCUACUAUCCACACCCAAGAAAGAGGUGAAGAAAAUACCUUUUCUACUUUGUUUGGAAAAAGAGGGCACCUAUUGAUGCUGCCUCAAGUAUUCUUACACAACAAUAGAGUGAUAAUGUUAUCAGAGUUUGGGAAUGUGAUUGCAGAUGGAGAAAACAUUAGAACAAACGUUAUCGAUAAAAUUCGAGCUCUGAUGGCUCAACCGGAAAAACUUAAAAAUAAUUGUAACAGUAACAAUCUUGACGAAAUACAAGGUAUACUUGUGCCUACUAGGGAGUCUGUGUUUGAGUGUUUGAAGAAAAGCGAUGUUCUGCUCAAAGUUCUUCUUGGAAGAAAAGAUAUUCCAUUGCUAUCUGAACUAGAUAAAGUUUUCGGUUUGGGCAAUAUUUUCGAGGACACUUGCAAACUGCAAUUGCCAUACAAUUUCAAAAGAACACCAUGUGGAGAGUGUACUCAAACUCUUCCUACUGUUCCAAUUUUUUCUGCUAAAGAAUUUGAUAGUAACGACUUGCUGCAAGACCAAAAAAUUGAAAACACUCUUUUGACAUUUAAACAGCAAACAUCUGUCUCCGAGCGGGACAAUGAAAGAGAUUCGCAUUUGUGGCGCAUGAUGAAAUGUUCCUCUUGGGGAAGUGGCGCUAGUGCCAAGGAAGUUUAUGCUCAAUUUUCCUGA